AUGGCUCCCGAACAUCUGCGUCGGCCCCCGCAGGCCCCGCCCCUCUUUACCGCGACUGCUCAGUCCAUCGUCGACGACGCCAAGCGCCUCAUCGAGACCUCCCGCAAAGUGCAGGACAAUGUCGUUGCGAACAUCAAGCCUGAGUCAGCGACUUUCGAUUCGGUGCUGAAGCCUCUGGCCCAAGAUGAGAAUACCAUGGCGCUGGAAUCCCACAUCUUGAGCUUCUACCAGGCCGUGUCGACGGAGCAGGAGCUACGGGAUGCGUCAUCCAAGGCAGAGGAGUUGAUGGACGAGUUCUUCAUUGAGACUGUGAUGCGUGAAGACGUAUUCAAGCUCGUCGAUGCUGUGCUGAAGAAGAACGAGAGCCUCGACCCGGAGUCCCGGAGAUUGCUGGAGAAGGAACACAAGGAUUACAUCCGCAACGGUCUGGGCCUUCCGGCCGGACCGAAGCGAGAUCGCUUCAAGGAGAUCAAGAAGCGUCUGAGCCAGAUUAGCAUUGAAUUCCAGAAGAACCUGAACGAGGAGAACGGUGGAAUCUGGUUCACACCCGAGGAGCUCGACGGCGUACCAGAAGACGUUCUAUCUGGCUUGAAGAAGGGCGAGGGCGAGCAUGAAGGCAAGCUCUGGCUGACCUUCAAGUAUCCCGAUCUGUUCCCGACCAUGAAGUAUGCGAAGAACGCGGAGACGCGCAAGCGGCUGAUGAUCGAGAACGAGAACAAGUGCAACCAGAACGUGCCUCUGUUCCGGGAGGCCAUCAUCCUGCGUGACGAGGCUGCUCGUUUGCUUGGAUACCCAAAUCACGCGGCGUUCCGCAUUGAAGACAAGAUGGCCAAGACCCCAAAGACGGUUGACGACUUCCUGGGAGACUUGCGGUCGCGUCUGACUGCGGGAGGACACAAGGAGAUCAAGGCCUUGUUGGAGCUCAAGAAGGCAGAUCUCGAGUCUCGCGGCGAGUCCUUUGAUGGCCGCUACUAUCUAUGGGACCACCGUUUCUACGAUCGCCUCAUGCUCGAGAAGGAUUACUCGCUGGAUCAGCAACUGAUCGCCGAAUACUUUCCCCUGCAGACGACCAUCGAGGGCAUGCUGAAGAUCUUCGAAGAGCUGUUUGGCCUUGUCUUCGUUGAGAUUACCGGUGAGGAUCGUGAAAAGGUUGCGCCCACCGGCAAGGGAAGCGAUAUCGUCUGGCACGAAGAUGUCCAGGUCUUUAGCGUCUGGAAUGACGAGGGCGAGGGCAGUGGGUUCGUGGGCUACCUCUACUUGGACCUGUUCCCCCGCCCUGGCAAGUACGGCCACGCGGCCAACUUCAACCUUCAGCCGGGCUUCAUCGACGCUGACGGCAAGCGGCGCUACCCCGCCACUGCAUUGGUGUGCAACUUCACCAAGCCUACGGCCAAGAAACCUAGUCUCCUCAAGCAUGACGAGGUGGUGACCCUGUUCCAUGAGCUCGGGCAUGGAAUCCACGACCUCGUCUCCAAGACGAUCUAUUCACGCUUCCACGGAACCAGCACUGUCCGGGACUUUGUGGAAGCCCCCAGUCAGAUGCUGGAGAACUGGUGCUGGACGCCGUCCCAGCUCAAGUCCCUGAGCAAACACUACUCGACGCUGUCGCCUGAGUACCUCGCCGCAUGGAAAGAACAGGCCAACGGCAAGUCCCAGCCGCCCGAGCGCAUUCCCGACGAAGUCAUCGAGAACCUGAUCCGGACCAAGCACGUCAACGACGCGCUGUUCAACCUCCGCCAGCUGCACUUUGGCAUCUUCGACAUGACGGUGCACGAAGCCGAAAGCCACGAGCAGAUCCAGAAGCUGCCCAUCUCCACCACAUACAACCAGCUGCGUAAGCAGAUUGCGCUGCAGGACGGCCCAGAGGUCCUAGGACUGGGCGACGAAUGGGGCCACGGCGAAGCAACCUUUGGUCACUUGAUUGGAGGGUAUGACGCUGGAUACUACGGAUAUCUCAGCUCCCAAGUCUACUCGGCCGACAUGUUCUACACCGUCUUCAAGGACGACCCGAUGAACCCAGCCGCCGGUCGCAGAUACCGCUACGGCGUCCUCGAGAAGGGCGGCAGCCAGGACGAGAUGAAGACGUUGACCGACUUCCUCGGCCGCGAGCCCAAGACCGACGCCUUUUACAAGGAAUUGGGGCUGGCUUAG